AUUAAUAUAGAACAAAGUCAUAACUUAGCAGUAGUUAAUAUUUAUCAUUACAUUCAUUCUCCACCUGAAACUAUAGAAGUUUCUUCACAAAUCCGCAAUUAUAUUAUUAAUCAUAAUCAAUUAGCUGUUUUGCAACUUUAUAAGUAUAGAUUUGCCAAUGAUCUAUUAGAAUCAGCACAACAAUAUUUGAAGAACAAUCCAAAGCAUUAUCCCUUAUUAGAAGUCAAAGAAGAGAAUGCCUUUUCUGAUUUACCUGAAAACAUUCAUACCUCAAUUAAAAAUUUAAACAAUUCUGAACUGCAAGUUAAUAAUCAAUUUCAUGAGCAAGAAUCACAAGCAUGUGGACAAGAAUCUCAAGUCAAUGAACAAAAAUUUCAAGUCAAUAAACAAGAAUUUCAAGUCAAUGAACAAGAAUUUCAAAUCUAUGAACAAGAUUUUACUACAGUUAAUCUAA